UUUAUAAAGAAUAACUGUAAAUGAGUUGUAUCAUCAUCACUCAUCAGAUCUCCACCUGAACAAUAUUUAAUUUGAGGGAACAAAAGUGGCCUUUCACGACUGAAACCAUUGUUGAACGCCAAACAUCUUUUUCCGUUUGUAUUUUAGUGCUCUUUUCCCCCAAUUUAUAUCAUGUGUAUUUUGAAGAGACGUGUGUGAAUUCUACUGCUGUGUAGAUAGAUAUAAAUAUCGCAGACCUCCGUCUCUACAGAUCUGAAAACUCCAUUGUUCAAGAUUCAAGCAACCUGAACCUCCCCACUAAUCUCUUACAAUCAUUGAAGCUCAAUCACUGUGUGUUUCUGUUUGUAAGCCUCGAAAGAUCAUGGUAUUUCAAAACGAUAACAAGAAUUCAGAAGCAAGUUCAUCAUCCCAUGUGUUGAAUCUCCCAAGAGAAACAUCCCCACUUCUCAAUUCAAAAUCCCUACAUCAAUCCUCCCAAUUCAAGACUUUCGCUAAUGUUUUCAUUGCCAUCGUCGGCGCCGGCGUCCUCGGCCUCCCUUACACCUUCAAACGCACUGGAUACGCCACCGGAACCCUCACUGUAUUCGCCGUCGCGUACUUCACCCAACACUGUAUGAUGCUGCUCGUCAAAACCCGACGGAAACUCGAAUCACUCAACGGAUUCUCCAAAAUCAAUUCCUUCGGAGACCUCGGCUUCGUCGUCGCCGGCCCCAUCGGCCGGUCAUCCGUAGACAUAAUGAUCGUCCUUUCUCAAGCUGGAUUCUGCGUAAGUUACCUCAUUUUCGUCUCCAACACCCUGGUUAACAUCUUCAAUUUCACAUCACCAUCAAAUCCCACAACCCCCAACAUUCUAGGGUUAUCAGCCAAAACAUUUUACAUCUGGGCAUGUUUUCCCUUCCAAUUAGGGUUAAACUCAAUUCCAACAUUAACCCAUUUAGCCCCUUUAAGCAUAUUCGCAGACGUAGUAGAUCUCGGAGCCAUGGGUGUGGUUAUGGUGGAAGAAGUGAUCAUCUACCUGAAUUCUAGCCCAGUUUUGCAAGCAUUCGGUGGGUUUUCUGCGUUCUUUUACGGAAUCGGAGUAGCAGUUUACUCUUUCGAAGGGAUUGGAAUGGUAUUACCAAUAGAAACAGAGAUGGAAAACAAGAACAAGUUUGGUAAAGUGUUGGGUAUAACAAUAGCUUUCAUUGCUAUAAUGUUUGCAUCUUUUGGUAUAUUUGGUUACUUUGCAUUUGGUGAUGAAACAAAAGACAUAAUCACUACAAAUUUAGGGCAAGGGUGGUUAAGCUCCGUGGUUCAAUUGGGUCUUUGUUUGAAUCUGUUCUUCACUUUUCCUAUAAUGAUGAACCCUGUUUAUGAAGUUUUCGAGAGGAUGUUUUGUGAAGGGAGGUAUAGUUUAUGGGUGAGAUGGGUUACUGUUUUAGUGGUGAGUUUAGUGGCUCUUUGUGUGCCUAAUUUUGCUGAUUUCUUGUCUUUAGUGGGUAGUAGUGUUUGCAUUGUGUUAGGGUUUGUGUUGCCUGCUUUGUUUCAUUUAAUGGUGUAUAGAAACGAGUUGGGUUGGAUUGGGUGGGUCAAAGAUGGAGCCCUUGUUGUUUUUGGUGCACUUUUGGCUAUUAGUGGUACAUGGAGUUCUUUGUUAGAGAUUCUUGGAGCUAAAGCUUAAAGGAGAAAAUUGUCAUUUCAUCAUUAAGUCAACAAAGUAGUCAAAAGAUGAGGCGAUGAGAUUUUUGAAUGAAGAUUGAAGGAGCAAGUGAAAUGGUGUGUGUAUGUUUUUGUGGAUAUGUAUGGGGUUAUAUACAUACAAUAAUGUCCUUUGGUUUGAUCUUGGUUCAUGAUUGUGAAUCAUUUGAGUCAUGAUUGAGAGAUGAUACCAAUGCAAUGCAAUGUCAUGUUUGAAUGAUUGGUUGCAUGAAGGUAAAGUUUGUAUUUUGUUACAUUACUUACAUAUAGCAAUUUUAUAUUAUAAUGUGUUUGUUGUGAAGGCUCUUUGUUAUGGGAGGUGUUUGUUUUGUAUUGGCAUGUAUUCUUCUGCGCAAUAAUUGCAUUUUCAUGUAUUAAUUGCAAGUUUUUAAGCAAUUUUUUGGUGAUAUAUGUACUUGUGUAUUGUUGUUAUUACUAUGAACUAUUGAUGUCAUUGAUUA